AUGCCGGCCACCGACGACGUGACGCAACCGCGGCGGCCCGAGCAAAGCAAUCCUGAGGCCGGCCUUGAGCGACGCCAUGGAGCCGGCCUUGACCGCAGUCCGGCCACCAUGGCCACCGUCGUCCGCAGAGCGUCUUCAACCCCGUCUCCGCUGCCGUCGCCCUUUGACGAUCCCCGGCCGUCCCUAUUCCAGAGUGUCGACUCCGACGACAAGUGUCCCAAGUUCAUGACCACGCUGCUAUCGGAUCCGACCUUUAAGAGCUGCUACCCGCUCUCCAUGUUGCUACAGACAUCGAACGGUUUCUUCGACGCCCAGAAGCAGCUCCCAAGCAUCGUCGGCGUCCUCGACGCUGCUUGCAAGGCCAACGCCGCCUCCUGCACCGAAUUCCUCAACCGGGCCGCCGACAAUCUCGCCGCUGUCGCAAACUGCAAAGCCGAGCUGGACCAGGGCCAGUCACGCGUCCUGCAGGCCUGGCGCGGCCUCAGGGCCUACAGGACCCUCUACACGGCCUCGUGUUUGCAGGAUCCCUCGUCAGGCAUGUACUGCUUCGCCAACGCCGUCAGCAACCUCAACAACCCGUCCGACUCGUACCUCUACUUCAUGCCCUACGGGCUGGCGUUGCCGGGCGCCUCGACCCCGUCGUGCAACAAGUGCACCAGCGAGACCAUGCGCGUCUACCACGCCGCGUCGGCCAACAGGUCCGACUUUGUCUCCGACAAGUACGAGGCCGCCGCCAACCAGAUCAACGUCCUGUGCGGGCCCAGUUUCGUCAACGCGACGCUGCCCCGGGCCGAGGCCGCCGCCUCCCUCGUCCCCCCGCCCUUGUCCCUCGCCCUUCUGACCAGCAUCUUGGCCAUCCUUGUUACUCUCGGCUCGCUCUUAUAA